CGUCGCGCUCCCCCGGGAUGGCCCGCGCGCCUCGGCGCUGCCUCUCGGAGCUCACGGCGGAGCGGCGGCGGCCGCGCUCGAGGGGCGCGCGGCUGCAGCGGCGGCGGCGCCGCGCGUGAGGGGCCGCCUAAGGCCGAGCGGGCGCGGCGAGCGGCCGGGCGAACGCAGCCAACAUGUCGGAUACCAAGGUAAAAGUUGCCGUUCGGGUCCGGCCCAUGAACCGACGAGAACUGGAACUGAACACCAAGUGCGUGGUGGAGAUGGAAGGGAAUCAAACGGUCCUGCACCCUCCUCCUUCUAACACCAAACAGGGAGAAAGGAAACCUCCCAAGGUAUUUGCCUUUGAUUAUUGCUUUUGGUCCAUGGAUGAAUCUAACACUACAAAAUACGCUGGUCAAGAAGUGGUUUUCAAGUGCCUUGGGGAAGGAAUUCUUGAAAAAGCCUUUCAGGGGUAUAAUGCGUGUAUUUUUGCAUAUGGACAGACAGGUUCGGGAAAAUCCUUUUCCAUGAUGGGCCAUGCUGAGCAGCUGGGCCUUAUUCCAAGGCUCUGCUGUGCUUUAUUUAAAAGGAUCUCUUUGGAGCAAAAUGAGUCACAGACCUUUAAAGUUGAAGUGUCCUAUAUGGAAAUUUAUAAUGAGAAAGUUCGGGAUCUUUUAGACCCUAAAGGGAGUAGACAGUCUCUUAAAGUUCGAGAACAUAAAGUUUUGGGACCAUAUGUAGAUGGUUUAUCUCAACUAGCUGUCACUAGUUUUGAGGAUAUUGAGUCAUUGAUGUCUGAGGGAAAUAAGUCUCGAACGGUAGCUGCUACCAACAUGAAUGAAGAAAGCAGCCGCUCCCAUGCUGUGUUCAACAUCAUAAUCACACAGACACUUUAUGACCUGCAGUCUGGGAAUUCCGGGGAGAAAGUCAGUAAGGUCAGCUUGGUAGACCUGGCGGGUAGCGAAAGAGUAUCUAAAACAGGAGCUGCAGGAGAGCGACUGAAAGAAGGCAGCAACAUUAACAAAUCGCUUACAACCUUGGGGUUGGUUAUAUCAUCACUGGCUGACCAGGCAGCUGGCAAGGGUAAAAGCAAAUUUGUGCCUUAUCGAGAUUCAGUCCUCACUUGGCUGCUUAAGGACAAUUUGGGGGGCAACAGCCAAACCUCUAUGAUAGCCACAAUCAGCCCAGCCGCAGACAACUAUGAAGAGACCCUCUCCACAUUAAGAUAUGCAGACCGAGCCAAAAGGAUUGUGAACCAUGCUGUGGUGAAUGAGGACCCCAACGCAAAAGUGAUCCGAGAACUGCGGGAGGAAGUCGAGAAACUGAGAGAGCAGCUCUCUCAGGCAGAGGCCAUGAAGGCCCCUGAACUGAAGGAGAAGCUCGAAGAGUCUGAAAAGCUGAUAAAAGAACUAACAGUGACUUGGGAAGAGAAGCUGAGGAAAACAGAAGAGAUCGCACAGGAAAGACAACGACAACUUGAAAGCAUGGGGAUUUCCCUGGAGAUGUCCGGUAUCAAGGUGGGGGAUGACAAAUGCUACUUAGUCAAUCUGAAUGCAGACCCUGCUCUUAAUGAACUUCUGGUUUAUUAUUUAAAGGAUCACACCAGGGUGGGUGCAGAUACCUCUCAAGAUAUCCAGCUUUUUGGCAUAGGAAUUCAGCCUCAGCACUGUGAGAUUGACAUUGCAUCUGAUGGAGACGUCACUCUCACUCCAAAAGAAAAUGCAAGGUCCUGUGUGAACGGCACCCUUGUGUGCAGUACCACCCAGCUGUGGCAUGGUGACCGAAUCCUAUGGGGAAAUAAUCACUUUUUUAGAAUAAACUUACCUAAGAGGAAACGUCGAGAUUGGUUGAAAGACUUUGAAAAAGAAACGGGCCCGCCAGAGCAUGACCUGGAUGCAGCCAGUGAGGCUUCCUCUGAACCAGACUAUAACUAUGAAUUUGCACAGAUGGAAGUUAUCAUGAAAACCCUGAAUAGUAAUGGUGGCUUCCCGAUAAUAAGCCUGUCUGCCUGGUGGUCAUCCCCUUGGUGGUCUUAUUUGAAGAUCCUCUUUCCUCUCAUGUGGUUUCAGACGAAGCUCCUCCACAAACACUGGGAUAAAGACCCAGUUCAAAAUGUGGUUCAGGUCCUGGAGAAACAAUACCUAGAAGAAAAGAGAAGUGCCCUAGAGGAGCAGCGGCUCAUGUAUGAGCGGGAACUGGAGCAACUCCGCCAGCAGCUCUCCCCCGACAGGCAGCCACAGAGUAGCGGCCCUGACCGCCUGGCCUACAGCAGCCAGACAGCGCAGCAGAAGGUGACCCAGUGGGCAGAAGAGAGGGAUGAACUCUUCCGACAAAGCCUGGCAAAACUGCGAGAGCAGCUGGUUAAAGCUAACACCUUGGUGAGGGAAGCAAACUUCCUGGCUGAGGAAAUGAGCAAACUCACCGAUUACCAAGUGACUCUUCAGAUCCCUGCUGCAAACCUCAGUGCCAAUAGGAAGAGAGGUGCAAUAGUGAGUGAACCAGCUAUCCAAGUGAGGAGGAAAGGAAAGAGCACCCAAGUGUGGACCAUUGAGAAGCUGGAGAAUAAAUUAAUUGACAUGAGAGACCUUUACCAAGAAUGGAAGGAAAAAGUUCCUGAGGCAAAGAGACUCUACGGAAAACGAGGUGACCCUUUCUAUGAAGCCCAAGAAAAUCACAACCUCAUCGGGGUGGCGAAUGUAUUCUUGGAAUGCCUCUUCUGUGAUGUGAAACUUCAGUAUGCAGUCCCUAUCAUCAGCCAGCAGGGGGAGGUUGCAGGGCGUCUCCACGUGGAAGUGAUGCGUGUUACAGGAGCUGUUCCAGAGCGUGUGGUGGAGGAUGACUCUUCGGAGAAUUCCAGUGAAAGUGGGAGCCUUGAAGUCGUAGACAGCAGCGGGGAAAUCAUUCACCGAGUCAAAAAGCUGACAUGUCGGGUAAAAAUUAAAGAAGCAACGGGGCUGCCCUUAAACCUCUCAAAUUUCGUCUUCUGUCAAUACACAUUCUGGGACCAGUGUGAGUCUACGGUGGCUGCCCCGGUGGUGGACCCCGAGGUGCCUUCACCACAGUCCAAGGAUGCCCAGUACACAGUGACCUUCUCCCACUGUAAGGACUAUGUGGUGAAUGUAACAGAAGAAUUUCUGGAGUUCAUUUCAGAUGGAGCACUGGCCAUUGAAGUAUGGGGCCACCGGUGUGCUGGAAAUGGCAGCUCCAUCUGGGAGGUCGAUUCUCUUCAUGCUAAGACAAGAACACUGCAUGACAGGUGGAAUGAAGUAACGCGAAGAAUAGAAAUGUGGAUCUCCAUAUUAGAAUUGAAUGAGUUAGGGGAGUAUGCUGCAGUGGAACUUCAUCAGGCAAAAGAUGUCAACACAGGAGGCAUCUUUCAACUUAGACAGGGUCAUUCCCGUAGAGUACAAGUCACGGUGAAACCUGUGCAGCAUUCAGGGACACUGCCACUUAUGGUUGAAGCCAUCCUGUCAGUAUCCAUCGGCUGUGUAACUGCCAGGUCCACCAAACUCCAGAGAGGGCUGGACAGUUACCAGAGAGAUGAUGAGGAUGGUGAUGAUAUGGAUAGUUAUCAGGAAGAAGACUUAAACUGCGUAAGGGAGAGGUGGUCAGAUGCACUCAUUAAACGACGAGAAUACUUGGAUGAACAGAUAAAAAAAGUCAGCAAUAAAACAGAGAAAACAGAGGACGAUGUGGAGCGGGAAGCCCAGCUUGUGGAGCAGUGGGUAGGGCUGACUGAGGAAAGGAAUGCUGUGCUGGUGCCAGCCCCAGGCAGUGGGAUUCCUGGGGCACCUGCCGACUGGAUCCCACCUCCUGGAAUGGAAACCCACAUACCAGUUCUCUUCCUCGAUUUGAAUGCGGAUGACCUCAGUGCCAAUGAGCAGCUUGUCGGCCCCCAUGCAUCUGGCGUGAACUCCAUCCUGCCCAAGGAGCAUGGCAGCCAGUUUUUCUACCUGCCCAUCAUAAAGCACAGUGAUGAUGAGGUUUCAGCCACAGCCUCUUGGGAUUCCUCGGUGCAUGAUUCUGUUCACUUGAAUAGGGUCACACCACAGAAUGAAAGGAUUUACCUAAUUGUGAAAACCACAGUUCAACUCAGCCACCCUGCUGCUAUGGAGUUAGUAUUACGAAAACGAAUUGCAGCCAAUAUUUACAACAAACAGAGUUUCACGCAGAGUUUGAAGAGGAGAAUAUCCCUGAAAAAUAUAUUUUAUUCCUGUGGUGUAACCUAUGAAAUAGUAUCCAAUAUACCAAAGGCAACUGAGGAGAUAGAGGACCGGGAAACGCUGGCUCUCCUGGCAGCAAGGAGUGAAAACGAAGGCACGUCAGAUGGGGAGACGUACAUUGAGAAGUACACUCGAGGCGUGCUGCAGGUGGAAAACAUUCUGAGUCUUGAACGGCUCCGGCAGGCCGUCACGGUCAAAGAAGCACUUUCCACCAAAGCCCGGCACAUUCGGAGGAGCCUCAGUACACCAAAUGUUCAUAAUGUCUCUUCCAGCCGACCGGACCUUUCUGGCUUUGAUGAAGAUGACAAGGGUUGGCCAGAGAACCAGUUGGACAUGUCUGACUAUAGCUCCAGUUACCAAGAUGUAGCAUGUUAUGGAACUUUACCCAGGGAUUCUCCUCGAAGGAAUAAAGAAGGUUGUACAUCAGAGACUCCUCAUGCCUUAACCGUCAGCCCUUUUAAAGCAUUCUCUCCUCAGCCACCAAAGUUUUUCAAGCCCCUAAUGCCUGUAAAAGAGGAGCAUAAGAAAAGGAUAGCCCUGGAAGCAAGGCCUCUUCUAAGCCAGGAGAGCAUGCCUCCACCUCAGGCACAUAACCCUGGCUGCAUUGUACCCUCAGGAAGCAAUGGCAGCAGCAUGCCAGUAGAACACAAUAGCAAACGUGAGAAGAAGAUUGACUCUGAGGAGGAAGAAAAUGAGCUGGAAGCUAUUAACAGGAAGCUAAUAAGUUCACAGCCUUAUGUACCUGUGGAGUUUGCUGACUUCAGUGUUUACAAUGCCAGCUUGGAGAACAGGGAAUGGUUUUCCUCUAAAGUAGAUCUGUCAAACUCACGGGUCUUGGAGAAAGAAGUGUCCCGUAGCCCUACCACCAGCAGUAUUACCAGUGGCUACUUUUCCCACAGUGCCUCCAAUGCCACCCUGUCUGACAUGGUGGUCCCUUCUAGUGACAGCUCAGACCAGCUGGCCAUUCAGACGAAGGAUGCAGACUCCACCGAGCACUCCACACCAUCGCUUGUGCAUGAUUUCAGGCCGUCCUCAAACAAAGAGUUGACAGAAGUCGAAAAAGGCUUGGUAAAGGACAAGAUAAUUGUGGUGCCACUCAAGGAAAACAGUGCCUUAGCCAAAGGGAGCCCAUCAUCCCAGAGCAUCCCUGAGAAAAACUCCAAAUCACUGUGCAGAACUGGCUCAUGUUCAGAACUAGAUGCCUGCCCCAGCAAAAUUAGCCAGCCAGCCAGGGGAUUCUGCCCCAGGGAGGUGACGGUAGAACACACCACCAACAUCCUUGAAGACCAUUCUUUCACAGAAUUUAUGGGAGUGUCAGAGGGAAAAGAUUUUGAUGGUUUGACAGAUUCUUCUGCUGGAGAGCUUUCCAGUAGGAGGAGCCUACCAAAUAAAACAGGCGGCAAGACUGUCUCCGAUGGGCUCCACCACCCCAGCCAGCUGCAUUCCAAGUUAGAGAAUGACCAGGGAGGCACAACCUCACGGUGAGAGCAGCAAGCACCCCUCCUCAGGCCACAGCUUGGCGUCUUUGUUCGCCUGGUCACCUUGGGCAAGCACCAGCCCCAUCUCUAAAACAUGCUGCCGCCUGGCUGGACCUCAGACCAGAAGCUGGAGAAUCCACGCCGUGCACUUCCUGGGCCACCUCCUUUCCCCUCCCCAGUGGGAGAAGCGGCACUUUGUCACUUGGGUGAAUCAACAGCCUCUGCUUUUUCCAGAAAGCAAGAGAACUGAAAAUCCUGGAUUAACUAAGUGACAGUAUUUUUUUUGCACUUACUACACACCUCCACUGUAUAGAAACCUCUACAGAUUCCAACAGACUUUAUUCUUGUACAAUUUUAAUCAGUUCUUACUGUAGAAUCUGGAGUCAAUGCUCUAAUCUGUUUUUUAUAAAUAAUAUAUAUUAUGUAUAUGAAAUGUGUAUCUAUAGUAUGUCUGGAGACAGACAAGGCUGCACACUAAAAUGCAGAUAAAGGUGAUUUGUAGAAAAUCAUAAGGUACUGGACUUCAUUACAAAGCAACUUGGGCGAUCUCUUAUACAUGAGCAGAUGAAAAAUAUUUUAUUCCCUAAGAAUGAGCUUGCAAAUCCCUCUUUGCAGAAAAGGUUAUAGAAUGCUGUUCUUUAUAACCAAAGAACUUACAUAAGACAACAUUUUUGCUGUCCACUCUUUUGUGUGAACAUGUAUGUUUGACUGCAAGUUUGGUGCCAUAAUUCCCUUGGCUACCAAGCCACGUGCUGCCAUUCUCUGUCCUUUGUUUCAUAAGCACACUGAGAAAUCUCACAGCUAUAUUCUUUGGUCUUCCACCUGCCCCUCCACCUGCUGACUUGACAUUGUAUUAUAACUGUUGACAAUGACUGGGGUCCUGACUCCACAGUUGCCUGGACCGUGGCUCAGCCCAGCUGGGCAGGUGGAAUGAAGAGAGCAGUAUUACUGUAAGAAAACACAAGGACAGCCAGGAGUCGUGGUGGGGUGGGUGGGGUAGGAGGUGUUGAUUUUUGUGUGUUUCUGUGUGUGUGGUUUUGUUUUGGAUUGGUAGGUUUCACUGUGGUGUGGUUUUGCUGUUGUUAUUUUGCUUGAUUCUGGAAAAUGCUGAGGAGAUGGACUGAGCUAUGAAGUUCAAUGGUUCACCCUUUACCAUGUUUGCAGGAGAUGAUCGAAUACAGAUGACCCUGCUGUCGUGUCUUCAUUUGUAAAAUUCUCCUACAAAUGGAGACAUUGAAGGAUUACGUGUAUGGAAAUUUUUACAAAAUUCCUUUCUGUACCUAUUCUGUAGAUGCCUGUAUAAUCGGUCUGGAUGUACAGCUAUAAAUGUGUUGUGAGAGCAAGAGAGAGAGAAUGCGUACAGCCUGCUGUACCUUUUUUCUUUUAAAUUCUUCGAGUUGGUAAAUGAGUAAGAUAUUGGAAACCUUAAUGAAAAGCUGCUGUUCAUGAUUUGUGUGUAUAGUGAGCUGACUAGUAUUUUACUAUUGUCUGUUAAAAAAAGAAAAACUGUAAUUUAUAUCCCCUUUCAACUUUA